UUUAAGAAGUCCAAAAUCAUUGAGAAAUUGUCAUUCUCGACAACAGUAUAAAUUCUUGUUCAUUAAUAUUAUCACAUUUUUCUUAUUGAUCUCAAAUAAUGUACAAGUCCACGGUCAACCUCAUGUGUCACUUAUCGACACAGACGUUCGUCGUAUUAAGUUUUAUUUGUUCCCAAAAGCACACGACCUCCAGUAUAAAGAAGAAUUGCUGUUUGGUGAUAUGAAUUCCGUGCGGAAAAGUUCCUUCCGACCAAAUAUCCUCACCUGUUUCUUAACUCAUGGCUUUCUUGACGAUUAUAAAGGACUCGAAGCUAUUAAGGAUGCUUAUCUAAAGCAGGGCUUCCAAGCCAACAUUAUCGUGAUGGAUUGGUCCGCCUUGUCACAACCUCGUUUCCCGAAAAAUUUUGUUGAACUGUUUGGAAUAUUGUUCAGCUACAAAGACGUCUUAAACAACCUUGAACCCAUUGCAAUGAGGAUCGCCAUGUUUAUUCAAAUGUUAGUUCACAACAAUAUCGCCACAUUGAACAAACUGCAUCUCAUCGGACACUCCUUAGGCGCCCACAUUUCCGGAAAUGUUGGAAAACAUAUUCGAACACAGUUAUUUCCAGGAAUGAAAGCAGAGCGAGUCACAGGAUUAGACCCGGCAGGACCUGCUUUUGUGCCACCUUUGCUUGGACCAGUGAUACCAAUGGAUCCAGCAGACGCUAAUUUCGUCGACUCAAUUCACAGUGACGCUGAUUUAAAUGGAAUCCCGAUUGACGACGGCAUUGUAGACUUUUUUCCAAAUGGAGGUCAGGAUCAACCGGGAUGCUUUCCAAUAUCUGAUUGUAGCCACAAGUAUGCUAUCAACAUAUACGCGGCAUCAGUCAGCAAGAAGUAUGUUGGGUGUCAGUGCGAUAUCCACUUCCUGAGUACUCCAGCCUUGGGUAGUUUCUCCUUGGGAAGUAUCACGCUGGAUAGGUGUCUGCUACCCUGUAUAUAUCCGACCUACCUGGGACCUUACUGUUCUCAUGAGGCAAAAGGUGACUUUUAUCUAAAAGCUCCAAAUCCACCGUGAGAAGUUGAGUGGUUGUGGUUCUUACUUUUGUAAAUGAAACUACAUUAUUUAUGAAAGCUACUGGUUCAAUAAAG